UAAUAAAAAUCCAAAGAGUGGGGAUGAGGAGGAGAACACAGGAGAGAGGAGGAUAGUAGAGAGAAGAACUAGAAACCCUUGUCUCGUGAAGCAGCAGGUGAAGAGAGAAAGGGUGAAGAAGGAAAAAAACAAACCCCAAAAAUAUAUAAAAAAAAGCUUCUCUCUUUCCUUUCCUUUCUUUCUUUCUUCUUCUCCUCCUCAGAUUAUCUCUCUCUCUCUCUCUCUUUCUUUCUCUAAACGAACAAGUUCACAUUCAUUCUUUGCUUCUUCCUUUUCUUACAUAUAUCACGAGAUCCCCAUCUUGCCCUCCCUCAAUCUCUCUUCUUUAAUGUCUUCUUCUUCUUCUUCUUCUUUCUCACAGCCUCUUCUUUUGGGUUUGUGUUUGUCCGUCUCUGCUUGCACCCAUUGUUGCUCUUGGAGUGGCCUCACUGGGUCACAUUGCUGAGUCUCUGUCAAACUAUCCAAAUUUCUGAUAGACUCUGUGAAAAAGAUUCAAGCUUUUUUGUUUUCUCGCUCUCCGUUCUCGGAAAUGUCGCACGCCGGGAAGCCCAUUUCGGAGCCAGGCGUCGACUCCUCGCUCUCCGAUCGCCUCCGUGACUCACUGAGUUGCGAGGCCAACAAGCCCGACUUCCGAGAACUCGAUCUGGGCUCGCCCGUUUCGCCGCUGCGGACUCGCCAGAGCGGUGGGCUCGCCACUGCCACCAGCAGCAGCUCCAGUUCGUCCGGAUCGGUGUCGGGUCGGAAUGGAACCAACCCGGUUAAUGCGAUAAGGUCCGGUUCGGGGCCCAACAACAACCACUCCGGCGAGCUCUCCGGCUCCAGCGAGAGCAGUCCCACAAAUACCCGGAAUAGCUCCAAACCGGGUCACACGAGAUCCAAUUCCGGCUCCGCCCACCCGUUAAUUUACUCGGGUCAGAGCUCCUCCGCCGUGAACUCGUCGCCGAGAUCGAAUGUUCUGCCCACCGGGAACAUAUGCCCAUCCGGGAAAAUCCUCAAGGCGGGUAUGGUUCCGAAUCGGACCUCCAGAACCGACGUUUUGGGCUCCGGGACGGGCUACUACGGCCACGGGAGCAUAAUGCGGGGCGGCGCGGCGGCCAAGAGUGUCGGCGCCGCCGAGGCGGUGAGCUCCAGAACAAGUGGCGGCGGCGGAGGAGAGUUGGGGAAGAGAGGAAUGGGGAGUGUGGAUCCGGAAGAGGUGAAGAGAGCUGGGAAUGAGCACUACAGAAGAGGCAAUUUUGCAGAGGCUUUGAGCUUUUAUGAUCGGGCAAUUGCUUUGGCUCCGGCCAAUGCAGCUUACCGGAGCAACCGGGCUGCGGCAUUGACCGGUCUAGGGCGGCUGGGGGAGGCGGUGAGGGAGUGUGAGGAGGCUGUGAAGUUGGAUCCCAAUUAUGGCAGAGCUCACCACCGUUUGGGUUCUUUGUUUCUUAGGUUAGGGCAGGUGGAGAAUGCCAGGAGGCAUCUUUGUCUUCCAGGGCUGCAGCCGGAUGCGGCUGAAUUACGGAAAUUAGAGGUAGUAGAGAAGCAUCUUAAAAAAUGUACAGAUGCACGUCGUGUAGGAGAUUGGAAAAGUGUAUUGAGGGAAAAUGACUCUGCUAUUGCUGCUGGAGCUGACUUUUCUCCCCAGCUCUCUAUGUGUAGAGCGGAAGCACAUUUGAAGCUCCACCAAAUUGAUGAUGCUGAAUCAGUCCUAUCAAAUAUACCCAAAUUAGACACAUAUACCAACUCCUCACAAUCUAAGUUCUUUGGGAUGCUUUCUGAAGCAUAUACUUACUUUGUCUUGGCCCAAAUUGAGAUGGCAUUUGGAAGGUUUGAGAAUGCAGUUACUUCUGCUGAGAAAGCUGGAAAGAUUGAUCCCCGAAACCUAGAAGUUGCGUCGCUGCUUCAAAAUGUGCGAAUGGUGGUGAGAGCUCGUGCCCGUGGCAAUGAUCUCUUCAAGUCUGAAAGGUUCACCGAAGCGUGCUUAGCUUAUGGUGAUGGUCUGAGGCUUGAUCCUUCAAACUCUGUUCUAUAUUGCAACAGAGCAGCUUGCUGGUUUAAGCUUGGGAUGUGGGAGCAUUCCAUUGAAGACUGCAACCAGGCCCUAUGUAUUAAACCGAAUUACACAAAAGCUCUUCUUCGAAGGGCUGCAUCAAACAGCAAGCUAGAAAGAUGGGUCGAUGCUGUUAGAGACUAUGAGAUCUUGAGGAGGGAGCUUCCUGAUGACAAUGAAGUUGCUGAAUCAUUGUUUCAUGCUCAAGUUGCAUUGAAAAAGUCUCGUGGGGAAGAAGUGCAUAAUAUGAAGUUUGGGGGUGAAGUAGAAGAAAUAUUGGGUCUUGAGCAGUUUAGAGCUGCAAUAUGUUUACCAGGUGUCUCCGUGGUCCAUUUCAAAGCAGCAUCCAAUUUGCAAUGCAAGCAAAUAUCACCUUUCGUGGACACGCUCUGUGGCCGCUACCCAUCCAUAAAUUUCCUCAAGGUUGACAUUGAAGAAAGCCCAGCAGUUGCGAACAUUGAAAAUGUGAAGAUUGUACCAACAUUCAAGAUAUACAAAAACGGUAGCCGAGUGAAGGAAAUGGUGUGCCCCUGUCGCGAAAUGUUAGAACACUCGGUCAGGCAUUAUAGCUUUUAGAACUUAGAAAACUGUACUGUAAUUCUGCUUCAUCUCUGCCGUAUUUUUGCAUCUUUCUUGCUGCUUCCCCACCCCCAGUUCGAUAGGGAACUCCUCACAGCCCUUCCAUUCAGCCUCCCCCCUCUAUUUACCAGCUACCUGUGCCAUAAUCAAAACCGACAAAUAAUCUCAGUUACCAGCCAAUGCCAUUGGAUUCCAGAGAAGUAGCUUAGUUCCGUUCUCAGUUUUUAUUUAUUCAUUCAUUCCUCAUUGCUCUCUGGUUCCAUUUUCUUCUUCGUUUUUCCUCUCGUCUUUUUAUAAAAUGUAGGCUGGCCUGGUUUCUGUAUAUCCAGUUCCAAAAAAAAAAUCCAUGUACAAUUGUUUAGUUCGCCCUUGAGUGGGUUAGAGAGUGAGAGAGGUGAGAGAGAAUGAGUGAAGGAGAGAGAGAGAGAGAGAGACGGCUGGCUGGUUGUAGAAGAGGAUUUGUACAUGUAUAUAUGUGAUGAUACAUGCAAAAAAAAAAAAAAAUGGAAGUAUGGGAGGGGAUUAGAUGGCUGGUGGGUACUUACUGGGUUAGUGAAAGAAGGAUGUCUAUGAAUAUGUUGCAUUAUUAUCAUGACUAUGAAUAUGUUAUUAUCAGAAUUAUCAUUCAACAAUAAAAAUUUCUAUUUUUCUUUUUCUCA